AUGCCACCGCCCUUAUCAACAACAUCAACAACAAACCUCAAAGUUGCCGCAGCACCGAAACGCCCUACCUCCCGCCAAGCCACCCGCACCACAGGAAAUACACUGCCAGGAGUUCCCAAGGAGCAGCCUUCAGCUGGCAUUCUAACCACGGGCACCACUGCCGCAGGCAAACGAACGGCCCGCAUCACUACCACAACAACAACCGCCUAUUCGACCGUCGCGACCGCGACUGAUGCCGUUGCGAGUGCGUCUGCGACUGCAAACACGCCCCCCGCGUCCCGGCACCUGCUUCGUUCGCGAGAUCAAAAUGCCCCGCCACCGCCACCGCUGCCGACUGUGAGACUAGCACCCGAGGCAGCCAAGUCACUCGCGCCGACCACUGCGGCCAGGAUGCCGUCCUAUGACCGGCCGUCCGUCGCCGGGCCUCGACAGCCGGCGGUCGGGCGCAACGUAAACAAACAGCCGCUGACCCCUAAGAUCGCCGCGCGAACAAUCGGUUCACAACAACAAGCACCCGCCCUCGCAACCCCGCUCGUCCGACGGUCCACUGCUGAAUCGAACCUCACCGCCACUGGGAACGGCGCCCGAGACCGAGAUGACUUGGUAUCACCCGGCUCGGUAUUCCUCAACGCCAACGUGACCCCUCGGUCCGGGCCGAGGCAGAAUCGCGUCGACGGUGCCAACACCACGCCAAGUAGCACGCCAAACGCAGACCGCCCCGAUCCGAUGGAGAUGCACCCAGGUUUGGUGGCUGCCGGAGUUGAUGAUACACAAAGAGGACCGACGGUGGCACUGAAUCCAGCCUUGGAAAUCGGGAGUCGAUCGCGGCAAGACCAAGAUUCCAAAUUCUUUUAUGCUUCAGACGCACAAAAGUCUACGACACAGCCUGUUGCUACGACGAGGCCAAUACCCCAACAUCAGCCAAAAUCCUCGACAUUCUUUUACGCAAACGGCAGCACUUUGCCGGAGCGACAGAACCAAAAUGCGCCCCCCCGGCCAUUCUCCCCACCCUCGACGGCGCCUUCGCCCCAAGAAAGUAUCUCGAGCAAGUUCGUCUAUGCCAACGGCACUCCUGGCUUACAGCCCCCAGCCAAGAUUGGGCCGUCAGCCAAAAGGGGGUCUGGAUCUGUCGUUUCAACAGCGCCAAGAAUUACGAACGGCAAACAGCAAGCCAAUGCCCCGAGAGGACUACCUCCAUUGAAGUCACCUCAACAAGUCGGAUCCAGUGCAAGCACUCCUGCUCUCGUUUCACCUCGGUCCCCCACAUCAACAGUGAACCCCCACCGGCUGAGUCUGGGGAAAAUCGUCAUGGAACAACCUUCUUCACGGCCUCCAUCACAGACCUUUUCAAAAAGCGUUACCGUUGUGGAUCCGCCGGCGAAUACGAGACGUAUAUCUUCCCACGGGUCGUUCCCUUCGGCCCAGUCCUCAGGAAGCACAUCUCCUUCACUCCCCCCCACCUCAGGGCCAGCAUUACCGAGUAGCCCCGUUGCAACUGGCUUUGCUUCCCUGCUUCAGGCUGCCGAGGACUUUGCUGAGACUGAGACUGAAGAAGAUCAACCAGAGUCCCUCAGUAGCCCGGCUAAGACACCACAGGAUGAUCCCGUGAAGGAGCUUGUCGCUAACGCGCGGCGGGAGCGCAAGGUACAAGACCUGCAGAUCACAAACGCGAGUCUAGAGGCCAUCAACAGAACCCUCGAGAGGCAAUUGAGGAAGCAAACUGCGGAAAUACGGCGUUACCAGAGGCUCUCUAGGUCUGGGUACCUCAAUACGAGUUCCAUGAACAAGCAGACACCCUCUGAGCCGGCGACGGAUGGGGCAGAACAGGCACAGGCCGGAGCUGGCCUAGAUGAUCUUUUGGGAGAAGAGAGCGGAAGCGAGACCGGGGAAGUAGAGGCCGAGCUGGAGCGCCUCGAUGAGCCGGAUGAGGAGGAUGAAUCAUCGGGGUCAGAAGAUUCGGGGGAGGUGGAUCCAGCUACGGCGGAACGACGCCACGAAAAAAGACGGCAAGAGGAACGACGGCUCGAUGUCGACCUAUCUAAACACCAGCAAUUACUUGUCGACAGCCAAAAGAUAAACCAGAGUCUUAAGAAAUGCCUCGGGUGGACCGAGGAACUCAUUAAGGAGGGCAAGCGGGCACUUGAAUACAAGGUUCGAGUCAGCGAUGUCGAAUUGGGGGGCCGAGUUCUAGCCCCCGAAGAGAUAGAAAGACGAGCACGCGAGGAAGAUGACGAACUUGGCGACGUCACCCUCGGUGAGGAGACGAUUUAUGCGAUCGACGCAUUUGGGAGGAGCUCCUUUGCCGCCGCUGGUGGUGGUUAUGAACACGACGACGAUGCCGAUACCACCAUUACCAGCACCACCACAUGGAGCAAAGAUACUCAGGACAGGGACAGUGGGAUUGAACUUGCACCUGAGGGCGUCGCUUGA